GCACCAAACGUCAGGCGCAUAACCACAUGGAUCGGAAGGACAGUUGGCCGGACAUCACCAUAAUCUUCACGAAAGACGCGGCCGAAUGGGACGAAUACCUGACGGAGUGUUUCACCCAAAUGAUCGACAGCCCGUCGGGGGGCCAGUCGUCGUCGGCCAGCGCUCAGCAGCCGCUGAUCGUAGCGCACGAACGGCUGGAGAACAUGCGCUUCCCGUUAACAGCGCUGGAGUCGCAACAGUUUGCCAACAGUCGGGCCGUACUGUUGAUCAUCAGUCCCGACCUUCUGGACCACGUGGACGCACACGCGGACGUCUACGAGUUGACCCGACUCUUGCCACCCAAACGCACCGUUUGUAUGCUCUGUGGCGUACAGGAGACGGAUGUGUCGAGUUUCCAUCGAGCUGCCCUGGUCACUUUUGAUCAGUGGCAGUGUCUGGUGGCCAGGGAUCAGGACAAGGAGUUUGUCGAGACGGAUGUGUCGAGUUUCCAUCGCGCGGCCCUGGUCACUUUUGAUCAGUGGCAGUGUCUGGUGGCCAGGGAUCAGGACAAGGAGUUUGUCGUUAGUGUGAUUCAAGCGGUUCAACAUGUGGUACAACAGGCGGCCGAACAGUCCGCCGCUAAACCGCAGUUUAAGUUGACUCCACGCAAAGUGAAAGAGGCAAAUGGAAAGGUGUUUAUACUACUGGACAGUCCGGUCAGCGAUAAGCAACAGAUUGAUAUACUGGUCGACGGAUGCGGUGAUAAUCAGGUCUCUGUGAAGUGGAAGAAUGCCUACACAUUAUACUUCAUUCUACCGGAAAACAUGCUGAGAGUGGCCAAAGUGAUGAACAUAUCGCUGAUAUGCGACACCAAACACUUCAUGGGCACCCGACCCCUCAAAUGCGAGACCCAAAUGAGUGAACUCCACGGCCUGUUGUCGUCCGUCAACUCUCCCUUC